AUGUGGAUCCUGGAUUCAACGGGCGACUUCCUGGAUGGGAAGCGUGUCUGGUUGCGGCCCGGGAAGAAGUAUCUAUUUGGCCGACCCCCGCAAGAUGGCGCACACCGCGCUAUCUCCGAAAAUGUGAAGACUGCCAAUACAAUCUCCCGCAAACACCUCACAAUUGAAGUAUCUCGCGUCAUUCCUCGCGAUGGAACUCGUCCACACGCACGAACCAAAGUCACCGUGACUGAUUUGAACUCAAAGAAGGGUACUCUUGUGGAUGGAGAACAAAUACAAGGUGGUGACCGCGUAUUGAGUGGUGAUGAGCACAUCAUUCAACUAGGUCGCUAUGGCCAUCCUCUUCGGAUAAGAUGGCAACCAGUGGUUUUUAGCUUCUCUUUCUCUUCCAAGGAAAUGAGAGUGGAAGACCCCCUUGCCAAAAUCCGCUCUAAAUUAGAAGACCUGGAUAUCAAGACCAUCAUCCCAUAUAUCGUGGAUCAGACCACCCAUGUUGUCCAGAGUAAACGGAAUACAGCCAAGGGUCUCCAGGCAUUAACCAAUGGAAAAGCAAUUGUCAAUGAUUCUUACAUUGACGCUUUGGUCUAUGCCACCACCCCCGCUGACUUUGAGAACGACGAGGCCUUAUCCCCGCUCGAGACCGAUUUUGAUGCUGCAUGGCCAGAUGAGAAAGAUUAUCUUCCACCCCCGGGUAACGAACCUGUUACUCGUCCGGCAGCUGCCUUUGCGCCCAAUCCAACCCGCAUAAGCGUUUUCGAAGGCUACACCUUUGUGUUUGGGGAUGCCACUCAAUUCGAGAAUUUGCAAGCGGCCAUCAAUAAUGGACAAGGCAAGGCCCUGUUUUAUAAAAUACAAGAUGGGGCUACUACAGCAGCCGAGAUCGUCAAAUUCAUGAGAGAGGCCGCCGGCCAAAAAAGCGGUGACAUUGGAGAUGAUGGACCCGGAAAAGUCGUGCUUGUGCGAUUCCGAUCCAAAGGGGAACAUGAAACUUGGUCCAUUGAGUUGGGCAAUGAGGUCGCUUUAAUGAUUGAUCGGCGUGUGAUUGAACAGAGGGAGUUCCUAGAUGCUAUUCUGGGUAAUGACGCCUCUCCACUUUGUCGCCCGCUUCCACGUGAGGAAGGAUCGAGUCAAACAUCAAUUGUCGCAACUCCAGCGGAGCCCCAGCCGCAACUAGUUCCUAACAAUCCCCUUCUACCUUCACCACCGAUUGCUCCUGCGCAAGAGUCCACGUCAAUGGGCCUUUCAAAACGCAAAGCUCCUCGGGUGCGCAAGUUUGUAAGCAAGAUGAAGGCAUUUGAUGACGGCUUUGAUAUGGCUUCCAUACCCGUGUACACGCCCGAUGAUGAUACCAAUGAUACUCCGGUGAUGGAGUAUGAGUCCGAACCCUGUCAAAGAACCGAGCCGCUGGAAAAGGUGGAAGAGGCAGAAGAAGACGUGGUCACAGAUCUACUGCCUGGCGCACGGGCGAUGAAGAGGCGGCGAGAAGAGAUGGAUCAAGGUCGUCAUAGUCGACCUGCACAUGUGGAACCGGAAGCUGCUCCGAAGCCGAAGCGUGCGAAGCUAGACAUUCGAGAAGCCGCACGAAGGCACCGCGACGAGGAAGAGCAACAAAGAAAGGCCGAAGAAGAUGCCCAUCUUUCCCAAGAUAGCAAUAUCGAGAAUUUGCGGAAUCUAGCCAUCGUCGAAGAAAUGGAGAUUCCCAUGCGCGAGAAAGUCUCCCGAGAGGAUCUCGGCAAUGAUCGAUGGGAUGACCAAUGGAAUGGCCGAAAGAAUUUCAAGCGGUUUCGGCGAAAGGGAGAGCCGCGCCAUGCACGCCAACGAGUGCAAAGUGUUAUCGUUCCCUUGGAAGAAGUGACGAGAAAGGACUUGGGUAUUGGUGAGCACCAGUGGGUUACUAGUCACAAGGCGCCUGCGAAUGAAGAGCCGAUGGACCAAGAGGAUCAGCCCACGGCCCCUCCAAGUGACCGCACUUUUUCGAGGUCACAACGUUCAGUGGCUCUGUCUGUCAGUCCCGAGCCUACCCCCGAUCCACAACCUGCGCUCUCACGCAGUCGCACCCAGAAACGGCCUCGAGAAGUUCGUGACUCCGACAGUGAUGAGGAGCUGCGAUUCCGGUUUAGGCGCAAACGCUGA